CUAGGCCACAAUGUCUAUAUUGACGCAUCCUGAGUGGAAUCAAGAGACAGGAGGUCUCGUUGUCGCAAAGGCCUUCAGAGAGCAGAUUGAGGGAAAGAUAGUUCUGGUAACUGGUGUGUCGCCUGAGAGCAUUGGCUCUUCCACAGCAGCCAGCAUUGCCUCACAAUCGCCUUCUCUCCUGAUUCUCGCUUCUCGGACCCAGUCUAAGCUCGACGAUGUGACAAAGUCGAUCAAAGAUGCCUAUACCAACAUCAACGUACAGACUAUCGCUCUGGAUCUCAUGUCGCAAGACUCGAUCAGGAGAGCCGCUUCGGAAAUCGCGCAGCUCACACCUCGCAUCGACAUCAUCAUCAACAAUGCGGGAUUCAUGACACCGAAACUUCAGUUCACCGUAGAGGGAAUCGAAGCGCAAUUCGGUGCAAAUCACAUUGGCCAUUUCCUCUUAACUAACUUGUUAAUGCCGCAAUUGCUCACUGCAGCAAAAUCAAAUGCUCCUGGCGUUACACGGGUGGUCAACCUUACGAGCCUUGGGCAUCGUCUCAGUCCAGUUCGCUUCCAUGACUACAACUUUGAAGGGAAAGACAUCCCACCGGAGGAACAACAUCAGCCUCUAUCGCCAAUGUUCGCCAAAGGUUCAGUUGGUGCAUACAAUGGCUACGUCUCUUAUGGACAAGCGAAGACCGCGAACAUACUGUUCUCAAUUGAGCUAAACAAGCUCUUGAAUGAUAAAGGCAUUGUCAGUUAUGCUGUACACCCCGGAUCUAUCUGGACAGGAUUGAGCAGAGACCUUGAUGCGGAUGGUGAAGCUGCAAUACGUGCUACGAGCCCUUUCUGGAAGAAUCACGACCAGGGUGCCUCAACUACCUUGGUUGCAGCUCUAGAUCCUACAUUGAGAGAGCCCAAAGGAAUCCUUCUGCACGACUGUCAGAUAUUUGAUGCCGCUCCAUAUGCAACAGACGAGCAGAAUGCGAAGAAGCUGUGGACACUGAGCGAGAAGCUCGUGAAAAGCGAGUUCAAACUUUAA